AUGUAGGUAAAAAUAAAUUUCUUAAAUUAUAGAUGGAAUUAGAAGGCAACACAAAAUUUAAUGAGUAUGAAGAGAAAAUUAGAAAUCAUUAAGCUAAUGGUCAUAAUUACUAAUAAGAUAAAUUACAUUAGAAAAAAGAAUCAGACGCUUAAUUUUUAAUUGCUUAAAAUCCUUUGUUAAUGAGAAAUCUAUUAAUCAUAAUAGAUACAACAAAAUCAUCUAAAAUAAGUGAUUUUAAACCAAGUCGUUUAGCAGUGGCUUUAUAAUUUUUACCUGUAAAAAAACACAAUAAUUAUGUAAUUAGGCAUUUAUCGAAUAAUUUUUAGAGUGCAAUCCUUUGUCUUAAAUAGGCAUAGCAGUUGCUGAAGAAUAUAAAUGCAAAACAAUUUUAGAUUUUACUUCAUCUUGUGUAAACAUAAAAUAAUAUUUGUCAACAAUCCAUUCAAUAAAUGAAGCUGGUUUUUCAAUGGCAGCCUGUUUAUAAGUAUCAAUGAAUAUCAUAAUAAUUUAGACUGCUUUACAUGUUUUUUCAACUACAUAAUUGCAUGCCUAAUCAAGUAUUUUGUUUGUGACUACAUCGACAUAUUCAGAUGAUAAACUUGAUUUAAAUGAAUGGAGUGAGAAGUGUGAAUCUGCAGCUAUUCAAAUAAAUGUGAUAUCUUUUGCAGGAGCUAUACAUCAAUUAAUUAAAAUAACAUAAGCAACUGAUGGAUAAUAUUUGUGUCCCAUUAAUGAAUAUCAAUUUAGCUAAGAAAUUUAGGUAUAUAGAUUGAUUGAUAUAUAUAAGAAAUUCAUUUCACCAUAAGAAUCAAAAAAUCAUAAAAUGAUUACAUAAUUGGUAAAGAUUGGAUUCCCAUAAAAAUUAAUAGUAAGUUAACCAACUUUAUGUUAAUGUCAUUUAGAAAUAGUGUAAUUUUAAUAAUAAUAUAUAAUAGAUACAAUUUUUAUAAAUGUCCAGUUUGUUAUAGUAAGGUUUGUUCUCCACCACUUUUAUGUCCAAUCUGUUCAACUUGGAUAGUUCUACCUCAUUAGAUACUUAGAAGUGAUGGUUUCAAUACUUUAGCUGUGUUUGAAAUUAUAAAUGAUGGUUUAGAUCAUAUAUGUUAUGGAUGUUUAGAAUCAACUACUGAUAUUCAUUCUACAUGUGAGAGAUGUAAAAACUUUUUCUGUUUGUAAUACUUUAUUUUAUAUUUUAGAGAUUGUGAUAUUUUAAUCCAUUCUAAAUUUAAAGUAUGUCCAGGCUGUGCUUGA